UUACCCCCUCUUGCUCUGAUUACAGCUUCUAAUCGGUUCCUCAUUGCAAUUUACGACAAAAAAUUUAAAGAGUGUUCAGAUUCUAAAUUGAAAAUUAAAGCAUGGAAUGACAUCAGUGGUAUAAUAUUUUCUACAGUUUGGGGUACGUUGUCGUCACAAGAAAGAAAUAAAGCCGGUAAACUUGUACAAAAACGAUGGAAGAAUUUAAGGGCUUGUUUUUUACGCGAGCUACGUGAGCAAAAAUGUACUAAGUCUGACCAAGCCGCUACAAAAAGAAGAAAGUACAAACAUUUUGACCAACUUUUAUUUCUUAUCCCAAGCCUGGAUACUCGAGAAACCUCAGGAAAUGCUGAUUCUGUAGAGGAAAUUAAUUGCGAAGAAGAUAGUCAGGAUGCCAGUAGGGAAGUACGACAGCGAGAAGAAUAUUUCCGAAAGAAAAAUAAGAAUAAAAUAUGUUACGAAGAAAGGCUUCUAGAGAUUUUAAAUAACAAAAGAGUUGAUGAUAACAAGUUUAUUGAGGCUAUGAGAAAUAACAAAAGUGACUGUAAUGACGAUGACAAGGAAAGGCAUUUUGCGCUGUCUUUGGGGCCGUUGUUAAAAGCAGUCCCAGAGGAGAAUCAACUAGACGUACAGAUCAAAAUUUUACAAAUUUUUCAGGAAGUUCAGAAACAAAACACUCAGCGCAAUAAUUAUUCUCCUAUGAAUAGCCCAUCCACAAUUUAUAGAGGAAGUCCUCAAAAUUUCCUAAUCAAGCCCAAAUAUUCUGUCUCUCUACCAUCGCAAAGUCCCCAAGACCCAUUACACUUAGCAAGAAACACUCCACUGAUUUUAUCUCCUUGUUCAACAUAUAUUCCAUCUAAAAACCCUCGAAAUAUGCAAAUCAAACCCAAAUAUUCUAUCUCUCUUUCAUCGCACAUUCUCCAAAACUCGCUCCACUUAGCAAGAAACACUCCACUGAUUUUAUCUCCUUCUACAUAUAUUCCAUCUAAAAACCCUCGAAAUAUGCAAAUCAAACCCAAAUAUUCUAUCUCUCUUUCAUCGCACAUUCUCCAAAACUCGCUCCACUUAGCAAGAAACACUCCACUGAUUUUAUCUCCUUCUACAUAUAUUCCAUCUAAAAACCCUCGAAAUAUGCAAAUCAAACCCAAAUAUUCUAUCUCUCUUUCAUCGCACAUUCUCCAAAACUCGCUCCACUUAGCAAGAAACACUCAACUGAUUUCAUCUCCUUCUACAUAUAUUCCAUCUAAAAACCCUCGAAAUAUGCAAAUCAAACCCAAAUAUUCUGUCUCUCUACCACCCACCGCACAGUCCGCAAAGCCCACUCCACUUAGCAAGAAACACGCCACUGAUUUUAUCUCCUUGUUCAACAUAUAUUCCAUCUAAAAACCCUCGAAAUAUGCAAAUCAAACCCAAAUAUUCUAUCUCUCUUUCAUCGCACAUUCUCCAAAACUCGCUCCACUUAGCAAGAAACACUCCACUGAUUUUAUCUCCUUCUACAUAUAUUCCAUCUAAAAACCCUCGAAAUAUGCAAAUCAAACCCAAAUAUUCUAUCUCUCUUUCAUCGUACAUUCUCCAAAACUAGCUCCACUUAACAAGAAACACUCAACUGAUUUCAUCUCCUUC